AUGUCCCGGAAGAUACACCCGACACUUAUAGCGACAUUGAAACCGAAUAGUCUGGGUUCCAGAAGACCAUGGACCGUUCCCGCUCGUUAUGUGACUGGACUACAAGCUGGCGAAGACAAAACCGGUCAUAUAAGCGCAGGACCUAACGAGGGUAUCCUCUUCUUUAACAAUGUAUUUCCCAUUCAGAUCCGCAAAGUACUAGGACUCCCUUUGCCAGGAAUACUAGAUCGCCUCAUCAGUCCGAGUAUCUCUGGCACCGACCCGAAAGCCGUAAUUGAGAGAGCGAAAGCGAAACGCAACCUGCAGAUCACUGGCACCGAAGUACUUCCGCGAAUGAGGGAGGGAGGAGCAUUUGUCAAGUUCACUCACGAUGGGAGUGCUUCUACUUCUGAGGUCGAAAAAGUGCUUCAACAGUACCUAAGAGAUGAGCCGGUCAAGCCAUGGUGGAGUCCAUGGAAGAGGAUGCGUGCGAAGGUAGUCAAAGGAAAACCUUGGGUGGAAGAUCUCAUGCGUCUCCCAGCCUCACGUCUGCGCGUUGAGUUCGUCUCUGCCGAGGCGGGCGUACCAGCCUCUGAAGCCGUCGAAAUGAGCCAAGAGCAGCUCUUCCAGUUCUUCCGGCCCUACGGUAAGCUAGGAGAUAUCGUUAUGCAGCCUCCGGAUUCAAAGGUUCUCCCAAAAUUCGCAUACUUGGAUUACACUAGCAUUGGCAAGGCUAUCAUGGCCAGGAACUGCAUGCAUGGCUAUCUCGUUUCGGAAGCUGAGGGAGGGGGCAAAAAAGGGACGAUAUUAAGACUCAAGUACGAACAGAAGAUCAAGCCUAGGUAUAUCAGAGAUUGGAUCUUUGGCCAUCCCAGGAUUAUCAUCCCCAUCGUAGCUGCCCUCAUCGCUGGUACCGUCGCACUCAUCUUCGACCCCAUCCGAACGUUCUUCGUCAAGGCCCACAUUACUCGCAACUUCCACAUUGAAGACAACAAGUGGUACCAGUGGAUCAAGGGUUAUGCCACAGACAUCAUCCACGGUGGUAACAAGCGCGACGAUGACGACAGCAUGGAUGCCAUUUGGGAUGAUAGGAAAGAUGACAUUGAACAAAUCCGAACUUGGUUGAUGGAGACCGCCGAGACCUUCAUCAUCGUCCAGGGUCCUCGGGGUUCCGGCAAGCGCGAACUUGUCGUUGAUGAGGCCUUGGAGGAUAAGAAACUCAAGCUUGUGAUCGACUGCAAACCCAUCCAGGAAGCUCGAGGCGAAAGCGCCACUAUCAACGCCGCUGCAUUAUCUGUUGGAUAUAGACCUGUAUUCAGUUGGAUGAACAGCAUCUCCGGAAUGAUCGAUAUGGCUGCUCAGGGUGCUACAGGCGUCAAGACUGGCUUCUCCGAGACCCUCGACUCCCAACUCAGCAAAAUCUGGAAUACUACUACCUCGGCAUUACGACAAAUCGCUUUAGAUACACGACACAAGAACGACAAAGAUGCGCACUUGGGUGACGACGAGUGGCUCGAAGCACACCCAGAACGCAGGCCUAUUGUUGUAAUCGACAACUUCCUGCACAAGAGCCAGGAAGGGGGUAUCGUCUAUGACAAGAUCGCUGAAUGGGCUGCCCGUCUUACAACGACGAACGUAGCUCAUGUUAUCUUCCUGACCAACGACGUCGCUUUCAGCAAAUCACUCUCCAAGGCCAUGCCAGACCGUAUGUUCCGUCAAAUCUCUUUGUCUGAUUGUAGCCCUGAGGUAGCGAAGCGAUUUGUUAUCACGCACCUUGACGCCGAUGUCGAAGACGACCCUGCUCCAAAGGACGGCUCGCCUAAGAAACUACCCUCUGAACAUCGCAACGACCUUGAUGAGCUCGACACUUGUAUCGAUCUGCUAGGCGGCCGCCUCACGGAUCUUGAAUUCUUAUCCCGGCGGAUCAAGACGGGUGAGACACCUACCAAGGCCGUGCACGAGAUCAUCGACCAGUCAGCUUCCGAGAUUCUUAAAAUGUACAUCUUUGGCGCAGAAGAUGAAGGCGGAAGCCGACACUGGAAUGCUGAACAAGCCUGGUUCCUUAUCAAAGAGCUCGCUCAGAAGGAAAGCCUACGAUACAACGAAGUUCUCAUCGACGACAUACUAAAGACUGGUGGCGAGUCAGUCCUUCGUGCCCUCGAACAGGCCGAGCUCAUCUCCAUUGUCUCGGGCGCAAAUGGCCGGCCAUCUAUCAUCAAGCCAGGAAAGCCCGUCUACCACCCUGCUUUCAAGCGCUUGACUGAAGACAAAGUAUUGAAGAGCCGCUUGGACCUGGCUAUCCUGACGCAUCUGACAAAGAUUGAGAACGCGACGAUUGACAAGUGCGAGAACGAGCUGUUGUUGCUGAGCAAGCUGAAGAACCAGCCUGCGCAGACAGCUGGACGAAUAAACUAUCUGUUGACGAAGUUGAUGACGAGUCAAAACAAAGUGGAGAAAUACGAGACAGAUAUCAAGGGACUGAAGAAGGUGCUUGGAAAUGAGUACUAG